GCGCAAGAACAAGUCCCAGGAUGUCCCCUCCUGCGACCUCCAAACUUUCCUACUCUGUCCCCCCGUAUAGAGAGUUCAUUAUACUGCAACGAUUGCGCUGUCCGCUUGUGAACUAGAAAGCAUGCCAGCCUCCCCGGUCAACAACAUCAACAACAACGGCAACAGUGACAAGCCGACAUGGGAGGAGGCAAUCCGGGUGACGCCCCUCGGUAGCCAUCGGUAUUCCGCCGUCCUGCAGAAUGAAUGGUGCAUUGGGACAGUUCCACACGGCGGGUAUACCACGGCGGUCCUCUACCGCCUAGCCACGACCCAUUUCGCUCAUUCGCAUGCGUCUCGGUACAAUGCACCGGCCACGCCCAUCUCAAUCCAGCUGACAUUCCUUCGCCGCACAUCCGCCGGACCGGCUGUGCUAUCCGUGCAAGAUAUGAAGCUUGGGGCCCGCACCAGUACCAUCCACGUCACCUUGUCACAGCCCCGCGAGACGAAAGAAGGGGAAGACGGCAAUUUGGAGGCCAAGGUCACCGGUUACAUCACCGUAAGCCCCGCCACUGCCGAGGUAGGCCUCUCCGCGAACACCGGCUGGCACCUAUCGCCCGCGGCGCUCCCCGGAUCCGGGGCGAACGGGCGCGUGAACUUGACGGCCCUCGGACGGACUGGCCGCGACGGAGGGUGGAUGCGCCUGGCCGCUCCGUUUCCCAAGUUCCGCCGCGCGACGCAGCAAGUCGAGCUGUACGGGCCGGACCCGGCUCUCGGGCGGCGGCAAGUAGUGGAUCAAUGGGCACGGUUCCGACCCAACGGGAACGACGAGGCGCGGUGGACCAACGAGGCCGCGGUAUUCCUGACGGAUAUGUUUCCGAUGGCGCUGGACGGACUCGAUAAGAUGGCAUCGGCAGCCUUAAAGGAGCAGGCACCGUCGGCGGAACAGUCGGCCAGCCAUUGGUAUCCGACGGUCACGUUGAACAUCGAUCUGAAGAAACGGCUGCCGCCUCAGGGGGUCGAGUGGCUCUACAGUCGCGUUCACACCAAGACCGUGCGGGAUGGGCGAACCGAUAUUGACGUGGUGCUGUUGGAUGAACAGGGGGAAGUCGUGGCCCUGAGCACCCAGGUUGGACUGGUGUUGAGCGCCAGUCGCAACGUGGGGCAACGAUCGAAGAUGUAGACGGGGCGUUUUCAUAGACCCAUAGAGAGUGGAGAGGACAUAUGCGGAGUAUGUAUGAUGAGACUGGUGCGUUAUCGAUGCGCUUCUACGCUACGAACCGAGCAGAG